AUGGAAAAUGCUAUCUACCCACCAAGAGGCUGGAAUUCCUAUGACGCAUUCAGCUGGACAAUUGUUGAACAAGAAUUUUUAAAGAACGCUAAAGAACUUUCCUCACGUCUUCUUGAUUAUGGAUAUGAGAUUGCUACCGUUGAUGCUUAUUGGCAUAAGGCUAUUGAUGGUGUUAGUCACGUUGAUGAAUGGGGAAGAGUCAUCCCUGACCCAGGCAAGUGGCCUUCUUCAGCCAAUGGAGUAGGGUUUCGAGACGUUGCAGAUCAAGUUCAUAGAUUGGGUCUCAAGUUUGGGAUUCAUGUUCAUGGAGGGAUCAGCGCAGUUGCAGUUUCUGCUCCAAACUCACCAAUCUUAGACAUAUCAACGGGGAAAGCUUAUAACGAAGGUGGUCGAGAGUGGCAUGCAAAAGACAUUAUUGUUAGUAAAGAUCAUUUUUGUCCCUAUGCUCCAAGUUCCUUCUUUAUCAACACAUCAUCGGGAGCUGGAAAAGCCUUCCUUAGAUCUCUCUUUGACUUGUUUUCCUCAUGGGGUGUUGAUUUUGUGAAACUUGAUUGCGUGUUUGCUGAAAACUACAAUCUAGAGACUCUCAUUAGUGCAUUAAUUUUGAAAGAGAUUGAUAAUCCCAUCAUCCUUUCUGUGUCUCCUGGAUACAAAGCAUCAUUAGAAAUGGGUUUAGAAGUCAAAGGACUUGUUAACAUGUUUCGAGUAACUGCCAAUACUUGGGAUCAAUGGUCAAAUGUGAAAGAUCAUUUUGAUGUUGCCAGGGAUUUUGCGUGGGCUGGGUUGAUUGGAGCUGAAGGUUUAAGGGGAAAUUCUUGGAUCGAUUUGGACAUGUUACCAUUGGGACGACUAACUGAUCAAGGUUAUUAUGAGAUUAACAAUAAUUAUCUUUGA